AGCCGCCAGCAAAGCCGGGCGAGGCGGCCCCGCGCUGGGGUGGCGCCUCCUGCCGGCCCGCAAGAGGCGCGUCCGGCGGCGGCUUCCCCUUCCCGUUCCUUUCCCGCGCGCCUCUGCGGCGCACCCCACCUCCGGCGGGGCCUGCCGGAGUCGCGGUUGGGAGCGGCCCGGAGGGCGCCGGGGAAGCGGAGGCGCCUCGCUCGGCCUCCACGCCGGCCAAGGGGAGCAGCCAUGGGCGCGGGGCCCACCGCAGAAUUUUCUAGAGUGUACAGGAAUGAUCAAAUAAUCAAAAUUACAAGGGAUCUGGGAGGACACCAGAGUUUUCAACGUAGUAAAAAGACACACACAUUUCACCUCCUGUGUUGGAACUGCUCCUCCUGACUGAGAACCAAAGUGAAGGAAAUAGGUCACUGGCAGCUCAGUGUCUCCUUUUGCAUUCCAUCCGCAAGGCAUCACUGUUGCGAUGAGGACUUCAGAAGAGCAAACAGCCACGACAGUUUUACAGCGUUUGCUGCAGGAACAGCUGCGAUAUGGGAACCCAAAUGACAGCCGCAACCUUCUUGCCUUGCACCAACAAGCCACGGGUAAUGCACCCCCUUUUGCCAGCAGCGGAAGCCCAGGAGUUCCAAAUGAAGGGUUGAGCCCCCAAGACCAUCAGGUUGGCACCCAUGUUGCCCGCCAAGAGCCUCAGGGCCAGGAGAUACAAAUGGACAAUAGCAUCAUGGAAAAGCAGCUCUCCACAAGACUCCAGAAUAGCGAAGAUCUCCCAACGUAUGAGGAAGCCAAAGUCCAGUCUCAGUAUUUUAGGGGCCAGCAGCAUGCCAGCGUUGGGGCUGCAUUUUAUGUGACAGGAGUCUCCAAUCAGAAGAUGAGGACAGAAGGGCGCCCUACAGUUCAGCGGGUGAGCCCUGGCAAAGUCCACCAGGAUGAAGGACUUAAGGACCUUAAGCAAGGACAUGUUCGCUCCCUGAGUGAGAGGCUGAUGCAGCUGUCAUUAGCCACCAGUGGCGUGAAGGCCCAUGCUCCUGUCACAAGUGUCCCACUGUCUCCGCUUUCCUCACAGCAAACGAAUGACUUGUACAAGAGCUCAGGGGCCAGUGAGUUCUAUAAAGGCUCUGUGCCAAGCCCUCCUCAGCCCAGUAUGAAAGGGAUGGAGCACAGGGGCCCCCCUCCAGAAUAUCCUUACAAAAAUAUGUCUACCCCACCUAUGAACUGUAAGCUGCAGGACCCCGGGCAUUUCUAUGGUGACCAUCGCAUGGCCCAGCAAUGCAGAUCUGAUGGGCCCAUGAUGAGGUACCAGCAUCCCCCAGAGUAUGGAUCAGUCAGGCAGAAUCCAGAUCUGCAGCUGCAUUUACAACAGAGACCUCCUCACCAUCACAGCCCAACAUCUUCAUUAACAUCUUUGGGAUCUUUGACAUUACUGCAGUCUCUGCCACCAUCUAGGCUGUCUCCUUCUCAGCAUCAUCCUCCACUUACUCCCAGCCAAGGAGAUCCAUUCUCUCUGCCACGGACCCAACAGCUGUUUCUAUCGAACCAAGUCCAUCAGGGAGAUUUUUACCGACUGUGUCAACCUGUUAUUGGACAACAACAUCAACAAGGGGAUUCAUACUCACCACUGCCAAGGCCUCAGCCAGCACCUUCUCCUUAUCAGCAGUUGGCUGUGGAUCCUUUUGCCAUUGUGUCCAGGGCCCAGCAGAUGGUGGAGAUCCUAUCAGAGGAAAAUAGGUCUCUACGGCAAGAGCUAGACGGAUGCUACGAGAAAGUAGCAAGGCUGCAAAAGCUGGAAACAGAAAUUCAGCAAGUUUCAGAGGCCUAUAAAAACCUGGAAAAGUCUUCCUCAAAGAGGGAAGCCUUGGAAAAGGCUAUGAGAAACAAGCUGGAAGGAGAAAUUCGCAGGCUCCAUGACUUCAACAGGGACCUCAGAGAACGCAUGGAGACAGCCAAUAAACAGCUGGCAGAAAAAGAGUUUGAGGGUUCUGAGGAUAACAGGAAAACUAUCUCCCAGCUCUUUGCACAAAACAAAGAAACCCAGAGGGAGAAAGAGAAGCUGGAGGCUGAACUGGCAGCUGCUCGCUCCACUAAUGAGGAUCAGCGGAGGCACAUUGAGAUUCGGGACCAAGCCCUGAACAGUGCUCAGGCCAAGGUGGUGAAACUGGAGGAAGAGGUAAAGAAGAAGCAUGUUUAUGUUGACAAGGUGGAGAAGAUGCAGCAGGCGUUGGCUCAGUUGCAGGCCGCCUGCGAAAAACGAGAGCAGUUGGAGCACCGACUCAGAACUAGGCUGGAGAGGGAGCUGGAAUCUCUCCGGAUGCAGCAGCGACAGGGCACGUCUCAGCCCGCCAACAUCUCAGAGUGCAAUGCCACCUCACUUAUGGAGCUCCUGCGGGAAAAGGAAGAGAGGAUUCUCGCUCUGGAAGCAGACAUGACUAAGUGGGAGCAGAAAUACCUAGAAGAAAGCGUGAUGCGUCAGUUUGCAUUGGAUGCAGCAGCUACUGUUGCUGCACAGAGGGACACCACCAUAAUCAGCCACUCUCCCAACGCCAGUUAUGACACUUCCCUGGAAGCUCGCAUUCAGAAGGAAGAGGAGGAGAUUUUGAUGGCAAACAGGAGGUGCCUUGACAUGGAGGGCAGAAUCAAGACUCUCCAUGCUCAGAUCAUUGAGAAGGAUGCCAUGAUCAAAGUCCUCCAGCAGCGCUCCCGGAAGGAGGCCGGCAAGACCGACCAGCUGUCCUCCAUGAGACCAGCCAAGUCCCUGAUGUCCAUCUCCAACACAGGGUCUGGCUUGCUUUCCCACUCAUCCACGCUGAGCAGCACCCCCAUCCUGGAAGAGAAGAAGGAGGACAAGAGCUGGAAAGGCAGCUUAGGUGUUCUGCUGGGAACAGAAGGCCGCUCAGAAUCCAUCCCGUCAACCCCCUCACCUGUUCUUCCCUCUACUCCGCUACUCUCUGCACAUUCAAAAACUGGCAGCCGAGAUUGCAGCACUCAGACAGAUCGCAGCAGCGAGCAGAACAAGAUCUCAGUUUCCGCUGCGACGCCUCCUGUGCAGGGGAGGCUGCCUGCUAUGAGUCUGUCCUACACUGCAGAGAAAGCAGAUGGCUCAGUUUUCCAUUCCAGCACUCUAGAAAGAAAAAACCCAGUUCAAAGUUUGGGGCAGGACCUCAAUGAUGCAGAAAUGGUGGAAUAUCUUAUCUGAAGAAAUGCAAAACUGGAGUGAAACAACAUGAAUCACACACCCACAGACUUUUUAAAAUUAGCAAAUAAUAGUACCUGAUUCAUAAACAAACGUACAGUUGCAUGCCACGGUAUAUACAUUCUCAAAAGUAUGGGCAGGUUAAGUUAUAAUUUGUUCCAAAAUGAUAAGAUAGAUUUGAUCUUUCUGAGAAAAUGAUUUUCCCCUACCGCCAUUUUAAACGAAAAUACUGGAUCUGGCAGCAUCUGGAUAAAAUCAAGGUCUUAAAUGCACUAUUUUUUAUGUCAGUAUUUUUUUUAAAAAACUUGUAUUUAAAAGAAGAAAAAUCACUGUUAGACGUUGAAGUCUACAUGCCCUUACAAAGCCUGUUUUCACCAGGUUUUUCAGUGGCCAUGCAAUAUCACGGUGCUGUCAUUUUUUGUCAUUUAAGUGUCUUGAAUAUUCAGAUAUUCCUGAGAAUCAUUAUAUGCAGCUCCAAGAGCUAUAAGGAAACUCUCCUCUCCUUACCCAUUUUCACUAAACAUUCCAGAACUGGGCAAAUGUUGUAUUUCCGCAAUGUGCACAUGCCCUUGCAUAUUUCCUCCUUUUCAGAAUUCUGUCCUCCUGUUAGAUACCUUGAGGUGAAAGGAAUUGGCCGUUUUCGUAUGUGUCAAAGGGCUGUUUUCCCUCUCAGUAACCCCUUUAGGGUUUAACUGAACAAGCAGCACGUCCUUGCUUUGCUUGUAGUUCUGUUCUCUGUAAUUCGACUGCCUUGACUGAGGUUACUUCUGCAAUUCUGUUUGUGGCCAUAAGUCAGGCCACAGCAGGGCCUUGGGGUUUUUUAGUAGCUGAAGUCUGAGUCCUUCGUGUGCAGUUUUCCAGACUUCCUAAAUGCCUUGUUAGACCGACAGCACCUCAUUCUAGGAGAGCAACUUUCCUCUUGGUGCUUGUAUAUCAACAUACAAAAACUGAGUGCCUUACUCAAGGUAAUAGUGACAUUGGGGUCAGUGUUUUAAGAAACAAAGAAACCCUCCAGGUUGCCAAUCUUGGAGUUUCCUGUAAUGCUCUUUAACUUCUGCACAGAUCAAUAGAAAACUUGUUUAUUUUGGAAAUAUCACAAAUACUUGGUAACUUUCAUUUUUCUAUCUCUGGGAGCUAGAAUAAAUUUUGCAGCACUGGGCCAAAAAAUUCUGCUGCGAAUAAGUUUCUUUGGUGCACAACAUUGAAAUCAACAACUGCUGAAGUGGUUCGCAAUGUUCUUUCCUGUUCAUUUUCUUUCAGUCUGUGUGUGUGUGUCUCUCUCUCUCAUAUGUAUAGCAAGUCAAAAAGUAUCCAGUUUUUGAUGUUCAGGAGCCACAGGUGGAACCCUGGAACAAAAUAUGAAGUGUUGAGCUUUUCAGCAUUUUGAGAUGAAUUCCCCCUUCUCUUUGCAUCUGUCCUGGAGCUUCUGAGAGGCAAAUGCAGGGUGAAGGGCCUCUCCGUUGUGGGGCAGCUUGAAUGGAAAAAUCUUAGAUGUAAAGCACCAGUUGCAUCCUGCAAGACCUGUUCUGUACAUAUAAGUUAUCAAAGUGUGCUAACAAAAGCAUUGUGAAGUUUUAUUUACCCCCACAAAGGACACAGAUGAGAUUCUCUAGGGUUUCAAGUUCUUUUCCUAAAUUGAAAUGCGGGGGGGGGGGGGGGGAGUUCUCAAGACGCUUUGUUUCCAUACACCUCCCACUUGCUGUGUUUAGUGUGAGUAUUGGAGGGUCCUGGAGCGCAGCAAUUAGGGCCUGUUAGGUAAACACUUUUCUGGAGCGAAUUCUGAAUUAAAAUAGGGUCACACACAACUGUUGGUACAUUUGUCUAGAAAGAAAUGCAGCUGCUUAUCAAACUGCACACUUUUCCUGUUUUGUAAAGCUGCUUUGUACUGGAAAUGAGACAUUGUAAAAUGAUGGCUGUCAUGCUUGAAUCAAGCUUUAGAUCAAGUGUUUAACUUGAGCUGAUGUACUAGAAGCAAAUCUGUAGAUGGUCUAGGGGAAACUUCCCUACGAGCCAAUGGGAUGAAGUUUAGGCUUACUUUCUUCUUAAACACUCCAGGUGUCUGUCUCCCCUGCAAUUUCAUUCCACCAGGGACAGCCCUGAGACUGAAGUGACUGCGUAGACAGGCAAACGUUGCAGUGUCCUGAACACAUUGAAUGUCUUUGCUUGGUGCCUCUAUAUAGUUCUUCCUUGUAUCUGUAUAGGAACUUGUGUUUUUAUGUCUAGAAUGUAAACCUCAUAAUUGUAACUGUGCUGUAUUUAUGAAGAGAAGACAUUUAUUUCUGCAAAGACGUUAAUUCCUAGGGCAGCGUUAGUCCUAUAUUUUUUUCAGUAACUGCUUGAGCAUUCUGAAGAAAUUGCUAAAGCAGUUUUUCUUCCCUUUCCCCGUGCAGGGCUAAAUCUACGACCCCUAACUGGCAUUUCCAGGCAUUUUUUUCUCAGAGAGCUCUUCCUUUAGUAGCAGCACAACAGCAAUUUAGCCUGGCACACGUUCCUGUGCCUGCAUUCCUAUACCAAAGAACUAUCUGCUGUGGAGUUUUCUGGCUAUUCAGAGAAAAAUCAUGGUCAUUCUCCCCUAACCACUGGGAAAGGAAAUGGGCAGCAGCGUGCCUCCUCUACGGUGUUAGUUUUGUGCAAGCCAGUGGGACCAGCUUUUAGGAGGGGGCCGGGUCCUCAUUUCUGUCCCUUGGUGAUCUUGGAAGUCCAUGUGUAGGUGUUCAGUUUUUCUUCUCCAUGGGCCAAAUAAUGCCCUCUAAGAUUUUGAGGUUAUGACCCGAAAGCUCCCUCCUGUUUCUUGGAGCGCCAUAGGUGCCAAUUGGCCUGCAGCUGUGGCUUCUCCUCUCCCAUUCUGGUCAUCCAGGCAUCCCAGUCACUUGCCGGAGCAAGCUGGAUUUGUAGUUUGUCCCACAGUAGGGGAAAGCUGGGGUUGAGGAAGGACUAGCAGCACUGGAGCAGGACCCCAUUCUUUAGCCUACCACUGGGCUGUCCUGCUGACCCAGUUCCCUCCUUAUCCCCCAGACUUUCAGUUCAGCUCUGGGGAAGCCAGAGAUUCCACCUCUCUGCUUUCUCUGCACUGGGCUGCUCUUCAGCUGUGCAUAUUGCUGCUUGUUGAAGCAUCCUUCAGAAGGUACAGAUUCAGACCCAACACUAUCCGCCCUGAAAUUAAAGCCAUCAGGAGGGCUUAUGUGUGAGCCUGUUACAUCCCGCCCAGUGAUAAGGCUGGGUUUGAGUGUGUGCUCCCUCCUUCCCCACGAAGGCAUCCUUGGACUGCAGGAUUCCAUUCUCCCCCUUCUUGUUUUCUGAAGGGACCUCCACUUAUGAAAAUGCAGAAUAGUAAAUGCCCACCUUCUCCUUUCUACAGUUGCGGGUCCAGGCCAGCCAGAAAACUCGGCUUAAGAGAGAAUGGAUAACAAAAAAUGCAUACAGAAGUGGGUUGAGUUCUUGGGAGCCCUGGCAGGCUGUAACACCCAGCUGUGAAGGGACACUUGAGGAGGUCACAAGGUCUGUUAGCCAGGCCGCAAGUAAUUAAAGAGGAGCCCUCGCGUUCACAAGUACGCACCAAGAGUCUUUGGGAGGCUUUUUCCUUUUCAUUUCUGGCAGGGACCAGAACACAGUUGCAUAUCUUGUGAUGACCAGUUGGAUAUCCAAUACUGUAAACAGCGUAUUGGAACCAUGACACUAUUUUUGGUGUAUGAAAGACCCCUUUUAGAUAUGUUCAGUUUCUUCAUAUAUAUGAAACAAUAACUCUAGCACCAGUUAGCAUUCUAUAAACUGUGUCCAGUAAGGCAGAGCUACAAAAUGAAGGGACCAAUAUAUACUGUUUACCUUUUAAAGCCCAAAAUACAAACGCCUAGUUUGAAACACAGACUUUCUAUUUAACAGCUUUUAGAAAUUGUAACAAUGUUGACUUUUUUCUAUAUAAAAGUGUAUUAAAACCAAAUCUAUGUGAAUUUA